AUGGAAAUCGUAAAAGCCAUCCUUGUGUUGAUCGUGGUGUUGGCAUAUGCUUACUGCGAUGAAGAGCCGUCGCCGACCGCCGACAGGGACUCGUGGAACAUCGACACCGAGAACUGGCAGGAUAAUUUACCAGAAGACAACAACCUUAUCCAGCAGUUUGCGCGCCUGGUAAAAAGAGCAAAAUUUGAUAAAUUCUAUGGCUUAAUGGGGAAGCGUUCUUCUGGCCCAACACAAGCUGGCAUCGUUGGCCGUAAAAGGCAAAAGGGAGAGAUGUUUGUUGGACUUAUGGGACGUCGGUCUUCAAGUGCUGAGUCACCUUCUGAGUGGGAAAAAAUUCAGUACUUUGGAAGAAGGCGCAAAUAAUAGUGUAAAUGCAAAACUCCAGGAACGCCCUCUACUCCAUACCACCAGGAAGGGCAUUUUUUCCCCUUUUGGCUAAAUAGCCAUUAUCUCAGAAUUUGUGCUUAAGUUCCUCGGAAUUUACCAACCAUCAAGGCUGAUGCAAAACCUCCACGUAAACAAAUGUCCUUGUGUAAUUUGUCAGAGUCGUUAGGUAUUUUAAUCUCUUUAUGUCAAUCUUUUCAGUUAAAGUUCACAAAGACACAGGAAUCCAAAUCAAACCAUGAUUAUGACUGUCAGUAAUAUAUAAUGCAUCAGACGUUGCACAGGGUCUGUGUCCAAUAGAAUUGGACAAUGAAUGUUCAUACUAAUGUAUUUUUGAAACUUGCAUUCAUAAAGAUUUGAAGUCAUAACUGUGUGUGCUAGAAAUGAAUCUGAGCUCUGUGGUAUAAAUGCACUAUUAAUUUCAUGGCUUUAAUUCAACUAGAUUUAAAUUUUUAAAAAUGUUAAUGUUAUGGACUCUUACUUAAAAGUCAUUUAUUUAAAACAGAGCUUUGACAGUUCCACAUUUCUCAAUAGCCAGCUGUAGUAGGAAAGAAUGAAAGUUCAAGUAACAUUAAUGUAAAAUAGUUUUUUAACAAUCACUUUUGAAACCCCCUAGACCAAAUAGGUGCAUAUUGUGUACUUAUCACAAUUCAGACAUGCAAGCUUUGGUAUUCAUUCAAUUGGCUAUUAAUUAAACAGCAUACAAAAGAAUGCAUUGAGUCAACAGUUUUAUGAUCUGUGACGUACCAACAUUUUUAAUCGUAGGAACCAUCGACAGCAGUCCACAUUACAAACAAAAACAUUUAUUUUCUGUGUCUGAUUUAAAUUGAUGAUUCAUUAUGUGUCUGUUCUAUUGGAUCAA